AUGGUCCAGUUCGCCGGAUCCUACCAGUUCGUCUCUGCGGACAACGACGAGGCCCUGCUGACGGCGCUGGGAGUAGCCGCGGCGAAGCGGAAGAUAGUGCUGAACCUCAAGCCUGAGGUCAACGUCAGCGUAGACGGCGACCACUGGACCAUCAGCACCGCUAGCGCCAUCCACUCCAGCAAGCGCGAGUUUGACCUGGGUCAGCCACAUCAGUUCACCGCGCAAGAUGGCAGGGCGGUGACCGGAACGGUCACCAAGGAGGGCAACAAACUGGUUGAGACGCAGAGACACGAGCAAGGCCUGGACCUGGAGAUCACGCGCGAGUUCACCGACUCGCAAAUGAUCAUGACCAGCAAGGUCGGCGACGUCGUAUCCGUGAGGGUACAUCAGAGGAAGUAG